AUUUAUGUGUGCGAAGCGACGUUGGGUCUAUUUUUAAAAGCGGCGUUCACGUAUCGAUUUCCUUUCGCACAUCCUUCGAACGCGACCACCCCUCCGGUUCGGGGGGAUCUUGCGCAAUCGGGAAUUCCGAUAAGAUCCGUGCAUUUCCCUCGCGACGUCCACCAGGAUUGAUUGAUCAGGAAAGAUGCCGAGCUCUAGGAAGAUGAUCCUGGGGCACGUCAUGUCCGGGCUCUGCUCGAAGAUGAACCGGACGAAACAGCUGCCCGCCGAUGUCAUGGAAACACCUCUGAACAGAUGCCUAAACACCUUCGACAUCACGUUGCUAGGUGUGGGGCACAUGGUGGGCGCCGGUAUCUACGUGCUGACGGGGACUGUUGCCAAGGAGAUCGCCGGACCUGGAAUCAUCAUCUCGUUUCUGCUGGCCGGUUUGGCCUCGCUUUUGUCCGCUUUGUGCUACGCAGAGUUCGGGACGAGAUUGCCGAAAGCUGGAUCAGCUUACGUUUACACGUACAUAAGCAUAGGGGAGUUUUGGGCUUUCGUCAUCGGUUGGAACAUUCUGCUCGAACAUAUGAUAGGGGCUGCGUCCGUGGCGAGGGCUUGGAGCGGUUACGUCGAUUUCCUCUUCGGCGGCGUCAUCAGCAACGCGACGCUCUCGAUAACAGGGGAAAUGCACGAGGAGUUGCUGGGGAAAUACCCGGAUCUUCUCGCGUUCGUCGUCUGCAUAGUGUACGCCCUGCUGCUGGGCAUCGGGGUGAAAGGAUCGGCGAUCGUGAACAGCUUCCUCACCGUGAUCAAUCUGAGCGUGAUGGUGCUGGUCGUGGUCGUCGGAUUCUAUUAUGCCAACGAGGAGAACUGGACGACGCCGAAAGGAGGAUUCCUUCCGUACGGCUUCAGCGGUGUUCUGGCUGGAGCGGCGACGUGCUUCUACGCCUUCGUUGGGUUCGACAGCAUCGCGACCAGCGGCGAGGAGGCAAAGAAUCCGAGCUUCUCCAUUCCCAUGGCGACGGUGCUCUCGAUGGGCAUCGUCACCUUGGGCUACAUUCUCGUUUGCGCUGCUUUAACACUCCUGGUACCUUAUUACAAUAUUAGUGAUAGUGCGGCUCUGCCCGAGGCGUUCUCAGGCGUCGGCAUGCAUUGGGUCAAAUACGCCAUCUCCAUAGGAGCCAUCUGCGGCAUGACCACCACCCUCUUUGGGUCCCUCUUCUCGCUGCCGAGAUGCAUGUACGCGAUGGCCAGUGACGGACUGCUCUUCAGCUUCUUAGGCGACGUCAACUCGAAAACCCAAGUGCCUCUAACGAACUUAGUGAUCUCGGGCGUCUUCUCCGCGACGAUCGCUCUGCUCUUCGAUCUAGAGAAGUUAGUCGAAUUCAUGUCGAUCGGAACGCUACUCGCGUACACCAUCGUCAGCGCGUCCGUCAUCAUCCUCAGAUACAGACCGACCCUAUCCCCGUCACGCUCCAUCCUCACUCUGGGCUCGGAAAUGUCUGUCUCCACUUCAGAACCAACAACGCCCUCAGAGAUCGUCAACAUGGCCGGUACUCUUCGCGUCAAAUACAGCUGGUUAACACCGGUCCUUGGUAACUGCGAACCUGGAAGCGCCGUCUCCACCUCCGUCUUCAUUUACACCGUCUUCUCCGGCGCCCUCUGCAUCCUCAUCCAAGUCUCUUCGCGCGACUUGAGCAACGGCAUCUGGUGGACCAUAAUCUUAGCGGUCUCUUUCAUAUUCAUCAUGGGAGCAUGUAUGCUGGUCAUCGUGGCGCACCACCAGAACAACGAGGGUCUCAGAUUCAAAGUGCCGAUGGUACCAUUCCUUCCCGCCCUCAGCAUACUGUGCAACCUCGAGUUCAUGAUCCAUCUGAACAUAUUGACUUGGCUGCGUUUCUUCGUCUGGAUGGUCCUCGGAAUGUUAGUAUACUUCUUGUACGGAAUUCACAACAGUAAAGAAGGUGAGACGAUGUCCACUUAUUCGAUGCUGAUGAACUCCUCGGAAGCGGUCAAAGAGAAAUGGGGAGCGACGACUCGGACCAACAUCAAAGGCGUUCUGACGCGUCGCAAAUCCUCUACGGCUGGUGAAAGGAACGCCAUCAUCGGCGACGAAGACGACGACGUGCCAUAAACCAACUCUUCAUUUAUCUUUGCGUUUCAUUUCGUAGAAGCACUUCAUUUUCUAGGCUCUCCGUGUAAACUAAGGCAUAUUAUAUCAAAAGAAAUACAAAAAAAAACAAAAACAAGGCGCACACCUGUUUCAUCAAAAGAGUAGAGAAGAGAAACGCACUCGGCGUAAAUUACAAAUUUGACAAUAAUAAUGUUUGUUGGAAUUUGCGUUCGAGAGAGUCUGGAUUUAGAGGUUUUCAGUUAAUUCACACUACUAGAUGGAGAAAUUAUAUAUAUAUAUUUAAAGUUAAAAUAUAAUAUUUGUUGAACAGAAUGCCUAAGUAUUUAUAUGUAUAAAUGUAUUAAAGAAAUAUGUCUAUGUAAAUAAUGAGAAACAUCCAGAAUGUACGAAUAUUUUCAGCGUUAAUUCCAAUUAUUUCUUUGAAAGUAAAAAGACAAAGCACCAACAAUCUUCUACACAUGUACAAUACUCAUGUAAUAAAGUAUAUAACGUUCCCUAAGCAA